UGUUGCUUUUCGAGCAAAAUAAGAAAAUGGCAUGAAAAAUCAUAACAUGUAGGAUAUGUAUAAGGCAAUAUAUUUUAACUAUAUGGUAAAUGAGCAAAUUUUUUUUAGAAAAAGUCGUUUCCUUCUUUUUUUUUCGGUGUUUGUCAAUGUCAUGUCGUUAUUCAUGAAUACUGAACUGCUGAAACUAAAAGUCAAAGUGAAAGAGAACCAAGGCAUUAGGCAGACGUAAAUCGGUCAACAGAAGAACAGAUUUGACAGAAAGAAUGGACAUAAUUACAGAUAAAGUUCAGGAUCAAAUCCUUAAAACUUGUAAAAUGCUUCUCAAUGAAGCAGAGAAAAUCCAUGACUUGGAAGUCAAACAUAAAAAUGACCCAGAUCUGCUAGAUUUGAAUUUCAAUUCUUUGGUAACUGUUAUAGAUAACAUGAAAACAGAGGUUAUGGAACAAAACACUGUGGAAACAGAAGUUAUUAAAAAAGUCACUGUGGAAACAGAAGGAGAUACUGCAAAAACAGAGCCAAUUACUUUAAAAAGAGAACCAGUUGCUAUGGCAAAAGAACUAGUGUCUAUAGUAACAGGACAGUUCACUAUAGAAACAAAAUCAGGUGCCAUGGUAACAGGGCCAGUUAUUCAAUCAAAAAAGCAAGAUACCUAUAAAAAGUCUACUUUUAGUGAAAAAAUGUUUAAUACUUUGAACCAAGAUAGUUUAGAAAAUUCUACGACCACAACAAAUGCAUAUUCUAGUUCAAAUCCUGCAACAAUAUGCUUGACAAAUACAUUAAACCAAACUACAAAUGAAAACACUUUACAGAUCUUGACAAAUAAAUCAUUCCAACCAAGAAAUCAAAACAUUUUACAAUGUAGUAACGAAAAUUUGACAAAGACAUCAGCAAAAGCUGUCCUAAAUGAACCAUUUACACUGAGUAAACAAUCUUCCAAAACUGCUGAAAUGUCAUCUGAUGCUUUAACUGAUCCAGAUGAAAUAAAAAAGGAAAUUGUAGAUUACUUAGAACAGUCUGGUACCUCAGAACUGAUUCUUAGUAGGAAUACAGUCAGAAAUGGACAAGAAAUAGACAGAGACAAUGAUAAAAGCAGAGAGGCUCAGAGUGGCCAAGAACUGGAAAAAGGAGAAGAAAUUAAAUUAGAACCAACUGAUGAUGAGUCUAGCCUUUAUACAUACGAAAAAAUAUCACAUUUAAAUAAAUAUGUAGGUAAAAGGUCAAGGAAGGUUUACAGACUGUAUAAGUGUACGGUGUGUAAGAAGACAUUCGAUUAUCUCUUAUGUGUGCAGAACCAUGUCAGAAUACACACUGGAGAAAGACCAUAUAAGUGUGGAGCAUGCCCCAAAGACUUUGUUACAAAGUGUAGUCUGGCAGAACAUGAGAAAGUUCAUACAGGUGACCGUCCACAUGUCUGCCACAUCUGUGGUAUUACAUUUAUGCAGAAAUAUAAGUUGGCUAUCCACCUACAGAAACACAAUGGUGAGACUAACUUCAGCUGUGAUAUUUGUGGGAAAGGAUUCAUCAGGAAAGAUCAUUUAAAUAAUCACAUCCAGUCACACAAUAAGGAUAGGCUUUUCUCUUGUAAGAUUUGUGGUCAAAGUUAUAAAACAGAGAAAUCGGUAAAGGCACAUGAAAGAUCCCAUGCUCCAGGGACAUUCCAAUGUCAUUUCUGUCAUAAGGUUUAUACACAGAACAGAUAUCUGAAGGUUCAUAUCAAUGAAAAACAUAAUCUUUCUCCGCUCAACAAAAGUAAUGGAUUGACAACCAGACAGAAACAGAAAUCGGAACUGGUUGAGUGUGAUAUAUGUCAAAAAUAUUAUCGAAAAAAUUAUAUCAAAACACAUGCUAAAAGUCAUGACGAAAGUGCCAAGGAUUUUGAGUGUCAGGUCUGUGGAAAACGAUUUGUAACGGAAAGUUAUUUAAAUUAUCAUGAAAACAUUCAUACAGGUGAAGGAAUAGAAGAGUGUGAUAUUUGUCAUAAAACGUUUGUCAAUCAAAGAUCCCUGCAGAAUCACAAGGUCAUACACACAGGGGCUCGCCCAUAUAAGUGUGAGAUUUGUAAUAAAACGUUCGCUCAUUCUUGUGUAUUAAAUGUACACAGGAAAACACACACCAAAGAUAAGACAUACACGUGUAAGGAAUGUGGUUUACAGUUUAGUUUACAGUAUUAUUUAAAGAGACAUGUUAAAUUCCAACACGGGACUGGGACGGUUUAUGAAUGUGAAAUUUGUGGGAAGGAAUUUAGAAGGAGUGACCAAAUUAAAAGACACAGAGAAAUGCAUGAAAGGACAGAAGAGAAAAACAAAUUGAAAGAAAAUAAAGAGAGUCAAGAAAAGAGGAAGAAAACAAUAAAGAAGACAGAAGAAGAGAAAAAGAAAUUGAAAGAAAAUGAAGGGAGUCAAGAAAAGAGGAGGAAAAUAAUAAAGACGACUACAACAGAAGAAGAGAAAAAAGAAGAAAAAGAACAACAUAUCAAAAGUGAUUCUUGUCCUGAUGAAAUAAGUUCAAUUAGGUCACGCAGAAAAAAGAGACAAAUUAAAGAGGAUGAUGAAAAUGCUAAACCUAAAUUGAAACGGAAAAAAAUAUCAAUAUGAAGAAAAACAAA